UUUUUCCAUUUGUCUUUGCAUUUUGGCAGAUCUGAAUUUUUUUUUAUAAAUAAUUACGUUUUAUUUUUUUAUUUUUUAAUUACAAAAAUUGUGUGUAUAUAUAUAGAGAGAGUGAGAGCUCGUAAUAUUUUUGGUUUGGUGAGCCCCAAGUCUUAGUGGGGUCGAGAGAGAACUAAGCUACGGCUCUCAUUUUCCCGAGAAAUCUGAAUCGCGGAAACCAAGCAUAGAUGUUUCCGUUCUCUUGAAUUUUUACUGACUGACUCAAAUCUUUCGAUGUUUCUUUCUUCUCCGUUCUCCAUUUCCAUGGAUUCUUAGUUAUAAUUUUCUCGGGAUUCGUUUUCUGUUGAAUUUUUUUAUAUAUUGAGUUUUAUUAACUGAGAGAUUUUAAUGGAAGGUGGUGGAGGAGGCGGUGGUUUCAGGGCCGGGUGUGGUGGUCGCCCAAGAAUUACUCUGUUUGAUCAGAUGUCAGCCGUAGCGGACGGCCGAGAUUUGACGGGAUUGACUCUGGACGAUAUCUUAGCCGUUGAAAAGAGAGCCGUACACAACUCAUCAUCAUCACCGCGGCAGCCUCACGCGCCACCCAUUCCCGCUGUUCGGACUCUUUUGGAUAUUAUCCGAGACGAAGAUCCUAAGUCCAGUUCUUGUAAGGGAUUCGCUGCUAGUAGAGAUAAGAAGUCCUGGAAAUCCUUCAAGGACCGCCUCCGACUCAAGCGUUCCGGCUCCGGCGCCGCCUGGACCUCCUCCGUCCACACUCCAACCUCUGAUAUUCUCAUCCCUAAUUCCCGAUCACAGGUUUUCCGUCACAACUCGGCCAGAGAACGAAGCCUUGCCGACUCAGCUCACGACAUGAAUCAACUCGACGGGGUGUCAGCCGAUACCGGCGGCCACUUCAACAGGCCGCAGAUUUCGCGCCGGAGCUCGACUCGUUUCGGAGCUGCAAACAUCGCGUCGUUUAGGUACGACGGAGCUCCGAACGACGAAGAGAGCGAAGAACCGCGCGUUCCGAGUCUCCGGCACACAAUGUCCCGACGGCACUCCACGCGCUACUCUUCGGCAAUGGUGGAGGACAGCAGUCCAAUCGCCGAUCCGACAGAGCCGUCUCCGCGCGAGGGCUCACGUCGGCUCUCGGUGAUUUUGGCAGAGGAGCGAUCGCUUUCGGCGCGGGAAGCUGUGGCAGCGCAAGAGGCAGCGGAGGCCGAAGCUGCCGCCGCAGCAGCCGCAGCCGGCGAUGAGGCGGAAACAACAGGCACCGUUGAAGAAGACACGGCACCGGAAGCGGAUUCCGACCAGCCGGUGAGAAUGUCAUUGAUGGACCUAUUGGAAGAGACGGACCGUCAGAUGGGGUUUGUGGGAUCGAGGUACAUGAUCGGAGAUGAGGACGAGGAAGGAUUGGAAGAAGAAGAAGACGACGACGACGAAGAGGUGGAGGAAGUGAAAAACGGCGGCGUUGUUGCCGGAGGAGUAGAGAAGAACUGCUGCGUGUGCAUGGUAAGGCAUAAAGGCGCGGCUUUUAUCCCCUGCGGCCAUACUUUCUGUAGGCUCUGUUCUAGGGAGCUUUGGGUUAGUAGAGGGAAUUGUCCACUAUGCAAUGGUUUCAUUUUGGAGAUUCUUGACAUCUUCUGAAAAUUAAUCAAAAUAUUAUGAUGAUGUUUUUUUUUCAAUUUUAAUUUUUUUACUAAACAUUUUUGUAAUUUCAUUUUGGGGUUGGAAUUUAAUCUGUUCAGUAAAGUAUAUAUUUUAUAAGAUUGUAAUAGGUUGAAUUUCAACUUGAAAUGUAUUUUACAGGUAUUAUCAAUGCCAAAGUUUUUUUUUCUUUUU